CCGUCUCCUUUUCCCCGGUGCAAGCUGCUGAGAAUCCCUUCCCAGGGGAGGGGCCCUCUUUCCGCUGCCUGAGGUGUCCCAUUCACCUCCAACUCAGCUCCUGGCCAGAAGCUGGAGGGGGCUUGGCCAAAACAGAAGGAGAAACGACUCAGCUCUGCUUUGUAGCUCUGAGAUAGAAAAUGUCUGCAGACUGUGGAGGCACCCACGCUCCCCAGGACAAAGAGAGAGCCCAAGAGGUUCCAGGUCAUGGUCAUCCUUGUCAAGAAGUGCUUUCUGAGUCAAAGGAGAUGGUGUCUUUUGGAGCCACUCGGGAGUCACCCUACAUUAAGACAGAAAUGCAAGAGCUGCACGCUGAGGGGGUGUCACAAGAGGACAGGGCUCAAGGAGCUUGGAGCUGGAGGCGCCUGGGCCAGGGCUCUAAGGAGAAAGCUCUUUUUCUACCUGGUGGAGCCCUCCCCUCCCCUCAGAUGCCUGUGCUUUCCCACGAGGGGAGGACCAGAGACCGGCAGAUGGCUGCAGCGCUCCUCACUGCCUGGUCCCAGAUGCCAGUGACCUUUGAGGAUGUGGCUCUGUACCUCUCCCGGGAGGAGUGGGGGCGGCUGGACCACCCACAGCAGAGUUUCUAUCGGGAUGUCCUGCAGAAGCGAAGUGGGCUGGCCUUGGGGUUUCCCUUCAGCACAACUUUCUGGGCCUCCCAAGUGCAGGGCAAGGGUGAGGCCUCAAGUUCGUGCCUACAGAUGGGAGAUGAAGAGGAGAAGAGAGGCGUGGCGGAGGUGAGAAAGGAAGAGCCGACCUCAUCCCCAGCAGUCCCUGGGGAUGUGAAGUCCUUCAGGACCAGGGCAGGGAGAGCCCAGGAGGAUGUCCUGCAGUGUGGACGGCAGGCAACGAGUGGCCAGAGAUUGGGGCCAGCCAAAGAUGAUGAGCAGCCAGGUCCCCGGGAGGAGAGACAGACGGAACCAGCCCUGUCCGACACCGGCCUCCCAGGGAAACCCAGUGAUGAGGGGGCAGGCGGUCCUGACAGUAGCAAGGAGGGCCUGGUCCCUGAUGGUGACGCCUGCAAGAAGACCUACAAGUGUGAGCAGUGUGGCAAGGGCUUCAGCUGGCACUCCCACCUGGUGACGCAUCGGCGCACCCACACGGGUGAGAAACCCUAUGCCUGCACGGACUGUGGCAAGUGCUUUGGCCGCAGCUCGCACCUCAUCCAGCACCAGAUAAUCCACACGGGUGAGAAGCCCUACACCUGCCCCUCCUGUUGGAAGAGCUUCAGCCACCACUCUACGCUGAUCCAGCACCAGCGCAUCCACACAGGUGAAAAGCCCUACGUGUGUGACCGCUGUGCCAAGCGCUUCACCCGCCGCUCAGACCUGGUCACCCACCAGGGCACACAUACAGGUGCCAAGCCCCAUAAGUGUCCCAUCUGCAGUAAGUGCUUCACACAAAGCUCAGCCCUGGUCACCCAUCAGCGCACCCACACAGGGGUCAAGCCCUACCCUUGCCCUGAGUGUGGCAAGUGCUUCAGCCAGCGCUCCAACCUCAUCGCACACAACCGUACACACACGGGGGAGAAGCCCUACCACUGCCUUGACUGCGGCAAGAGCUUCAGCCACAGCUCGCACCUCACCGCCCACCAGCGCACCCACCGCGGCGUCCGGCCCUACUCCUGCCCUCUCUGUGGCAAGAGCUUCAGCAGGCGCUCCAACCUGCACCGGCAUGAAAAGAUUCAUACCACAGGGCCCAAGCCACACAGCUGUGGCCAGUGCGGCAAGCGCUUCCGCUGGGGCUCAGACCUGGCGCGCCACCAGCGCACACACACAGGGGAGAAGCCGCACAAGUGCCAGGAGUGCGAAAAGAGCUUCCGCAGCUCCUCGGACCUGGUGCGCCACCAGGGCGUGCACACAGGACAGAAGCCUUUCUCCUGCUCCGCCUGUGGCAAGAGCUUCAGCCGCAGCGCCUACCUGGCGGACCACCAGCGCAUCCACACGGGUGAGAAGCCCUUCGGCUGCAGCGACUGCGGCAAGAGCUUCUCGCUGCGCUCCUACUUGCUGGACCACCGGCGUGUGCACACGGGCGAGCGGCCCUUUGGCUGCGGCGAGUGCGACAAGAGCUUCAAGCAGCGCGCCCACCUCAUCGCCCACCAGAGCCUGCAUGCCAAGAUGGCCCAACCCAUGGGUUGAGGGAUGGGAUAAGGGUUGGAGGGAUCUUCUGGGAGGCGGAGCAGCAGGAUGGCCAACUGCUACUUUCUGCAGCCACAACCCCUACUGCCUGCCCUGGAGUGCCCCAGGACCAGGUCAUCACUCCCAAGUAAUGGAACUCCCCUAUGGCUUCAUGGCCAUUCUUCCUGCCCUGGGGGUUUCUCUUGCCCUUUGGCUUCCUAAAGCCCCAGCACAUUCCUGGCAGGUGGCUUUAGUAUGGGAGACAGGCUGAGGCAGCAGGGAGUGUGAGGACUGUCAGGGCCUGGGGUCCUCCAUCUAAGAAGCCCCUCAGCCUUGCUUGCUCUGUGGCUCUUUGUUCCCCACUUUCUUGGAUGGGUCCAUGGGCCAGGCCUCCUGGCCUGCUAACCUGUGCCUUCCUGCAGGGGUGGAGGACACGUUUUCACCACUAGGGUGCUGACAGGCUCCAGGAGGGACAGUCCACCCACACCCGUGAGAAUCUAGGUCCUCAUAAGGCCAAAAGGGCUUUCUGGCCUCCACUCCCUCCCAUUUCUAGGCCAUUACCACUCUGCCCUUUCCUGGCAACAGGGAAACUGCCCAGCACUGAACUCCACCCAUUUCCCCCUUGAGAACCAUUCUCUGCUGAGGCUAGUGGUGGCCUCAGGGGCUGGAGGUCUACUGUGCAGACUGAACAGACUAAUGGAAAUCCACUGGCCCCACACUCACCUGCAGAGACGUGGAGUUUAUGGUAUUUGACAGUAGCACUCUGUCAGUGCUUUGUCACUGACUCAUUAGGCACUACAUUCCAUGUCUGCAUCGUCUGCAGAUUGGCAUUCACAGGAACAACCACAGGUUCUCCAAAGGAGCCUGCCUCAGCAAAGGAGCAAAAGGGUUUGAAUUAACAUGGAGACUGCCCUGGCCGGUGUGGCUUGUUGGUUGGGCAUACAAUAAUAUCUUUCUCCCUUCCCC